AGAUUUAAUUUAGUAUUAAAGAUGAGUUCUUCGAGUGAUAACACCUUACGUUUCUUACUUUAUUUAUUUUUAAUAUCGAUAUUAUUUACUUUCAUUUCCUCGGCUGAAAAAUCAAAAUGUUUACCAACAGAAGGCAAAAAGUGGAAUUAUAAAAAACAAAAAUGUGUAGAGUGUCCGGAAUGUGGUCCAGGUUCAUUCAGAAAUCUUAGUGAACAGUACAAAGGGCGAGAAGGUGAACAUGGUGCCGAAAGGUGUAUCAAGUGCAGGCCAUGUCCAAAAGGAACAUACUCCAGCAGCGGGUACGGCGAAUGUUCAAGAUGCCGCUUGAAUUGCGCAGAAUUUCACAGGGAAGUGUCCGAGCCUUGCUCGAGUCAGCACGAUGCUAUAUGCGGUAGUUGUUUGACUGGGUAUUUUGACAUGUAUAAGAACACCCUGUUUCCAUGUGCGCCUAACUCGGAGAGAGUAUCUAACAUGCAAAAAGAGCCACGUUUACUACCACCUCGAAAGAAGGAAGACGACAAGGUACCUGAUAAGAAAGUUGAGGUCCAGGACACAAACCAUGUAGACAGAGACAAUGAAGUUGACAAGGACACAGAUAUUGGCCAGUCUGAUGAAUUUUCAGCCAUAGAAGGAGAAACAGAGCCGACGUCCACCAUUUAUGUAGUUAUAGGUGCGUUUGUGUUCGCUGUUUGCGUAGUAGGUCUGCUAGCGGGAUUCCUGCUGAAACGAAGGGGAAUUAGUAGACCUAGGAGUGGAAUAUUGAGUACAAGUCCUCCGGUUUUUAAUGUUUCUGGGCAUGCCCCAAGCCGUUAUAGCAGAGUACCUAGACAGGACUUAUCGCACGAUAAUGAUAUUGAAAUGGACACCCUGGCACACACCGGUCAAAGUGAUGCAUCUUUGUACCUACAAUCAGAAGAGACACAUUUCCAGAUGACGCCUGUAAGAGCCGAACUUCCCUUACCGAUAGAUCAACAAGUAAGGCCAGAACUCUCUCAACAAUGUCCGACAAAUCAUUUGGACGCAUUGGUUAACCCUGAACAGGCUGGAAGAAUAAAGUCCUGGAAUGUGAAACGCAAAGACAUUUGCAAAUGUAUAUCAGCCAGACAGUGUAAAUGCAGUGAAUUCACAUUUCCAGAGGAUAUUCAUAUAGACAAAUCUGAUAAAUAUACCCUAGAAGUUGCAACAAACAUUUGUCAUGAUCCAUUCCCAUUGUUUGACAGUCUAGGUCUAUCGGACGCUGUUAUAUACCAGGAAAAUAGCACACGGGAAAUAGACCCGGAAAAGAUAUCGCAGAAGACUUUAGUUAUUAAUUUAUUACAUAAGUGGGUAGAACUUAAAACCACACCGACUACAUUAAGACAAUUAUCAUUAUCACUAUGUGCAGCCAAUUUUCAUAGUAUAAAUGAGAAACUAUAUAAUUUAAUUAUUAGUAAUGAUUCGUCAUAGCUAUGUAUGCGUGUUUUAUUUAAUUUUAGUAUUCUGCUUUUAUAAUGAAAUGUUUGAUACAAAUAAACUAAUAUUUAUAA